AUGAUUUGGGCUCUUGAUCAGAUAGAUCAGGAUACUGCAAUUGGAGGCAGUUUAUCACCAGAAGAAAUGGAGGAAGCAGAAGCCAUGUAUCAAGAUGCAGCUGCAAAGGGUGUCUGUUACACAACUAUGUGCAACGAUAAAUGCCGCAACGGCGACUACGAAGCUGCGCAAAUGAGGGGGCAACCUGGUUUGUUGUCUACCAUGACUCGUUGUCCCAAAGAUCAGGUUCGUCGUCUUUGCUGUUCCAAAGGUGUCACUAUGGGAACCUGCAAAUGGCGAGGCUUUCGUGGCUUGGGACUAUCUUGCACAGGUGGUUGUCACGGCGAUGAGACUGAGGUUACUACCAACACCAACCAUGUCGACAAGAACGAAGAUCAAACAUGUACGGGAGGCACACAGAGCUACUGCUGCUCUGGAUUCAAGCCUCCUAUUUCAAAAGAACAAGUCAGCGAAAAGAUCAAGGACGAAGCUGCUGACCUUGCUCUUGCAGCUGCCGAAACUCUUGCAAUGGAAAUAGCAGCAAAGGCCUUUUGUCGUGUUGCAAUCAUGGCUGCAACGCUACCUCUACGUAUCAUUCCGUUUGUAGGC